CGUACAGUAUUAUUGUACGGCCACUCCGGAGGGUUGCUUUCGACUCGAUCGUUUUCUUUUUAGAGAGAUCCCCUUCGGCGGAAUCCAGCGAAUGUGCGCCCGGGCGUCUGUUGCACGUCUCCGGUCAACCGAUCGCCUCCAUCAUCCAACAGAAUGCUUUCCGUCAGGAGGAGGGGCUUCUUCGCCCUGUUCCCCGCCGCCGCCAUCCUGCUGCUGUUCCUGGUGACGUACUUGCGGGAGGGCGUAGUGACGGUGCCAAAGCUAAGCGGCCGCCUCGGAGGGCUACCGAGCGGAGACGAGGAGCCGACCUUUUGGGCAAGGCUCCCCGUCCACUACCCGCCCUCCCACAUCCGCCCGCUGCCCACCGGCAAGCCCGUCCGGUACCCGCGGGUACAAGCAGCGACGUUCCCCGUCGAGAAGGACCCGGACGCGCGGGCCCGGCGGCGGGAGCGCCGGGCGAUCGUCCGGGACGUCUUCCACAAGGCCUGGCUGUCGUACCGGGAGCUCGCCUGGGGCGCCGACGAGCUGGCUCCCCUGUCGGGCGGGACCAAGAACCCGUUUGGCGGGUGGGGCGCCACCUUGGUCGACGCGCUCGACACGCUGUGGAUCAUGAAUCUCCGGCCCGAGUUCGACGAGGCGGUCGCCAGGGCGGCGACCAUCAACUUCACCAGCACCGACCUGCCCGAGCUCAACGUGUUCGAGACCAACAUCCGCUACCUCGGCGGCUUCCUGUCCGCCUACGACCUGAGCGGCGACGGCCGCCUGCUGCGCAAGGCCGUCGAGGUCGGCGACAUGCUCUACAAGGCCUUCGACACCCCCAACCGCAUGCCCAUCGCCCGCUGGGACCUCCACGCGGCCGCCCGGGGUGCCGAGCAGGUGGCCGGGAAGGCCCUCCUCGCCGAGGUCGCCACCCUGUCCAUGGAGUUCACCCGCCUGUCCAUGCUGACGGGCGACCCCAAGUGGUUCGACGCCGUGCAGCGCGUCGCCGACGCCAUGGCCGCCCAGCAGGACUCGACCGCCCUCCCGGGCCUCUGGCCGCUCGAGGUCGACGGCAAGACGGCCGUCUUCAACUCCGGAUCCGUCUUCGCCCUCGGCGCCAUGGCCGACUCGGCGUACGAGUACCUGCCCAAGAUGGCGGCGCUCACGGGCGGCCGGCUGCCCGUCUACCGGCGCAUGUACGAGAAGGCGGUCGACGCCGCCGUGAAGCACAACAUCUUCCGCCCCCUGACGCCCGCCGACGAGGACAUCCUCAUCGCCGGCAACGCGCACGCCAAGGAGCACGGCAUCGAGCUCGAGCCCCAGGGCCAGCAUCUCGCCUGCUUCUGGGGCGGCAUGAUGGCGCUGGCCGCCCGCCUCUUCGGCCGCGACGAGGACAUGGAACCCGCGAGGAAGCUCGUCGAGGGCUGCAUCUGGACCUACAGGGCCUUCCCCCACGGCGUCAUGGCCGAGGCAUUCACGAUGGCGCCUUGUCCUGCUGGAGCGGUGGCGGGUGACGACGAGUGCCGGUGGGACGAAGCCGCCUGGAAGCGCGAGGUCCUCCGCAGGGCCGGGAAGGACCCCGACGCCGCGGGGAGCGACGCGGAGGCCGACGCCAUCAUCAAGAAGGACCGGCUACCCGAGGGCUUCACCUCGAUCAGCGACCGGGCCUACGUCCUGCGGCCGGAAGCCAUCGAGAGCAUCUUUGUACUCUACCGCGUCACGGGCCGGGAAGACCUCCCGGAGGCGGCGUGGGACAUGUUUACCGCCAUCGACAGGGUGACGAGCACCGAGCUGGCCAACGCGGCCGUCCGCGACGUCACCACCCCGGAGACCCCGGAGCAAAAGGACUCGAUGGAGUCGUUCUGGCUGGCCGAGACCCUCAAGUACUUCUACCUCAUCUUCAGCGACCCCGAGCUGAUCAGCCUGGACGAGUACGUGUUCAACACGGAGGCGCACCCCUUCCUGCGGCCGCUGAAGUAGCUUCGAAAUGCUCUUUUUUUUUUUUUGUUCCUCUCUUUCGCUCUCAUGUGGUGCAGGCUUGGCUUGAUUGAUUCCCCUUGGACCUCUCCGCAGUGUAAAACCUUUCCGCAGUGCUGAAGCGUAGAAACUUUUGUUUUCUUCCACCCUUCCAUUCC